AUGUCUAGACCUGCAUCCACGCAAUCCUAUAUAUCUCAAGCAUUGCGCGCUGAAGAGGCGGUAGCCGCAGCGACCUCCCAGAAAGCGGCAUUGGAGGCGGCUAUCAAUGCCGCGGAGCAUUACAUGAAAGCGUUGCGCCUGGCGCCCGCCGACGAUAAAAAACCACUGGACAAAAAAUGCAAGGAAUUGCUGUCCAAAGCCGAGAGGAUCAAGGCCGCUGCUGACUGGCAGUCGGCUGCUCGUGCGGGGCCCCAGAAAGCCUUCCCUAGCUUACGGCCGCCGGCAUCCACGCGGAAGCUCACCACCCGUGAAGAAAUCAUCAUCCUCGAGGGCGCCAAACUCAACGGCUAUAUCUUUCCACCAUGGAGUCGUGCACCGCUUCAGGAUGAAUUUGUAUUCAAAGGGCAGCCUUUUACGGAUGCGCCUGAUUUGCACCUCUCUGAAUGCCAGAGAGAAAUCUUCGCAGGCUGGAAACGGCCGCAUGAUCUGUUACGGACAAUGAAUGCUGCCAACCAGGCACAUGAUGCUAUUGAUCCAGCUAUGUCGACUUCGAAGCAAACAGAUCUUGUGCAGGAUGUCUUGACGGACUGUUCAGUGGUCGCGAGCCUCUGUGCCACAACAUCUCGAUCGGAACGAGGUCUAGGGCAGCACGCAUCGCCAACACUGUACCCAUGCAGUGAGGACAAGAACCCAAUACUUUCGCGUUCUGGGAAGUACAUAUUUCGCUUUUACUUCAACGGGUCUUUUCGAAAGGUAGUGAUAGAUGAUCGGUUGCCAUCGUCGAAGACUACACGCUCACUCUACGUGAUUGAUCGCAAUAACUCGAACUUUUUGUGGCCUGCUCUUGUGGAAAAGGCCUACUUGAAGGUCCGUGGAGGUUAUGAUUUCCCAGGAAGUAACUCAGGGACCGACCUUUGGGUGCUUACUGGUUGGAUUCCGGAACAAGUCUUUUUACAUCACGACGAUUCGACCUCCGAUGAGAUCUGGGGGCGUCUAUACAGUGCCUUCUGGCAUGGCGAUGUUGUUUUGACUAUCGGCACUGGGAAAUUGUCCGAACGGGAACAACAAGGCCUGGGGCUAGUGGGCGAGCACGAUUAUGCUAUCCUGGACUUGAAGGAAGUCCAGGGUCGUCGUCAGUUUCUUUUGAAGAACCCUUGGGCCGGUGCAGAACCCCAUAUACAAAGCAGUCUUACGGCUGAUCUCGGCUCACUCAGCCUGAAUGAUAAGCCUCACCUUUCCCCAGGGACAUUUUGGAUGGAUUGUGAACAAGUUCUCCAAAAUUUCGAGAAUCUUUACCUUAACUGGAAUCCUGGUUUGUUCAAAUACCGCGAGGACAUCCAUUUUACUUGGGAUUUGUCGCAUGGUCGGGUUAUCGCCGGCUGCUUCGUGAAGAAUCCCCAAUUCUCCAUCUCCAGUGAUUUAGGAGGAACGGUCUGGCUGCUGCUGGGGAAGCAUUUUAAGACAGACAAUCAACAAUUCGGUUCUGGGGGAUCGGAAAACGAAAUAGGAUUUAUCAGCAUCUACAUAUUUCAAGCAGAUGGCCGAAGAGUAUCUCUCAGUGACGGCGCGCUCCAUCGCGGACCAUACGUGGACUCCCCCAACACGCUUAUGAGGCUGGAAAUGCCUCCCAAGUCAACCUACACUGCAGUGGUGUCGGAGCAAUCACUCCCAUCAUCCACCCAGAAUUUCACACUCUCUGCAUUUUCAACCGCCCCUGUGGCCGUGGCGCCCUCGCUAGAUAAAUAUCUAUGCUUGACCAAGGCAAGUGGUUCCUGGACAGCAAUGACAGCGGGCGGGAAUGCCGAGUCAUCUCGAUACCACUCCAAUCCACAAUUCAGUAUACAAAUUUCCGAGCCGACAGACGUCUCGAUAUUGCUCGAAACCACUGAAGCCGAGCUCGCGACCCACGUGAAAAUCUUCUGGUCAAACGGACAGCGCAUAUCGCGCGUGCGAAGCCGAGACAUCAUCGCAGAUAGUGGUGAUUACCGUCGCGGAUGCGCGCUGGCUGAGACCAGGUCCCUGGACAAAGGCACCUACACCAUCGUCUGCUCCACCUUUGCACCUGACCAGCUUGGACGCUUCACGUUGUGGAUUUCAUCCACGAUCCCGUGUGUAGUCCAGCCCUUGGUUUCCGAGUCUGCUGGGCGGCGCGCCGUUCUAUCCGAAGUGGGCGUUUUGUCCCCGGGCAAGGACCGGAUGCUGGCCUCACUGCGGGUCUCCCGUUUGACGCGGAUCCGACUUAUUGCGAGGAAUAAGCGGUCCACGAUCGGCUCUCGCGCUGUUGCUCCGUCUCCUGUGCUGAUUACUGUGGAGCUGGGCCAGGGGCCAUACAAGGAGAUAUUGGCCACCUCCGAGGAUGGAACCCAUAGCGAUGCCGCGUCUGGGGUACGAGUCGAUGACUUCGAUUUGCUACCCAGUGCCGAAUCACGCUGUGUGUGGAUUGUUAUUGAGCGCAUUGGGGGUCCGGGAGGGCAGGUGGAGGAUCAUUUUGAAGUGGAAGCAUUGGCGGAGGAGAGAGUGGAGAUUGGAAAAUGGGCAAUUGAAGAUGAAUGA